AUGGCUCUGGCUGCCACGUUGCUGCACACCACUUACCUCUGCAGGAGAUGCUGCAGGCACAAAGCUUUGCAGCCCUUACUUGGAGCUCUCCUCAGCGAUCCUCUGUCAAAAUCAUACAGCAGCUAUAGGAGGCCAGGGUCACAGCCUGAGAAAAAAUUGACUUGGCAAAAUGUGGAUUUCAGUUUUAAGAAGAGCAUUGAAGUCUUAAAGACCCAGCUGAGCAUGCUGAUGGAGGAGACCAGAGAUCACUUAGUUGGACCUGGAGGCCGGUCAUUAAGCCAUUACAUGUUGGAACAGACAAGGGUGGUGUGGGAGUUUCGGAGCCAAGAAGAUUUAAAUAAGUGGGUUAUUUCCUCUGAUGUAGAGAUUGGAGGGAAAAGUGAAGUUUACCUCAAAUUGGGUAGGAAUAACCAGGCUGCCAUGCUGUAUGGAACCCUCAAUACAGAAGUACCUCGUGAUGGGGAGACAAAAUACAGCGGAUAUUGUAGUAUGAGAUCUAAACCACUAGUGGGAUCUUUUGCUAGGAAGAAGUAUUAUGACUGGUCAAACUUCAACUGUCUGUAUUUACGUGUGCGUGGUGAUGGAAGACCCUGGAUGGUAAACAUUUACACAGACCCUUACUUCUCUCAUCAAAAGGAUGACCUCUACAGCUACUUCAUGUUCACCCGUGGCGGCCCGUACUGGGAGGAGAUAAAGAUUCCAUUCUCCAAAUUCUUUCUCUCCAGUCGGGGAAGAGUCCAGGAUAACCAACAUCCUAUCUGGUUAGACAAGAUAAGUACCCUGGGAUUCACUAUUGGAGAUAAAGUAGAUGGUCCAUUCCAGCUGGAAAUUGAUUUUAUUGGUCUGCUGCAUGAUGGAGCCCAUACAGAAGAAUUUGCCUACGAAACGUAUGAUAAGAAUCCUCCACUCUAAGCUGAGCAAGUGGCUUUUGGGACAUCCUUCAGCUGCUUUGUUCAUUUCUAUAAAGCUUAUAGU